CCGCUCACUCCGCCGCCGCACAGCGCAGGAGGAGCAGCAGCGGCCGGAGCGCCGAGAGGGGUCGGCGCGGCGCCGCCAGCCCGCCCGCCGUGCAGGGCCGGCGGCUCCGAGCGGGACCCCGCGCCGCCGCCCGCCGCUGCCGCACUUUCCCCCUUUCCCCGCUGGGGACGAACCCGGUCUCUGUCGCCCGGAGCCGCCUGGGAGGGGAUGUCCCUAGGCAAGAGCUGAGCGCCGGGGAGGGGCCGCCCCCCGCCCCCAAACUUUUCGCUCGGCCCAGGAGCGGCGGGGACCCGGCCCCCAUGGAACCCGGGCGGGCAGGAGGGGCCGGGGGCGCGGCGCCCUGCGCUUCCCGUCCCCUUCCCUGACGCGGGGCGCAGCGCUCGGGGAGGGGCUCGGCUGCCGGCUCCGCUCCGGAUUUGGUGGUCCCGUCUCCGCACGUCCCUGGGGAAGCUGCCGAUGGUGGGGAGCUGCCUGCGGACCGUCUCCAGCCCCACGAGGAGCCCUUCACCCCGGCGCCUUCGCCUCCCCUUGAGCAGCGCUGCUGCGGGGAUCCCUGCGCCGGAGCCGCCCGGAUUAUAAAGUCGGGGAAGUUCUCCCCCCGCAACCCCCCCAGCUUGUCUCGGCAGAGCCAUGGCCCGGCUCCGGAGCUGGGGGCUGCUCUGCUUCGCCGUGCUCGCCCUGCCCGGCCCCCCGGGAGCCGGCGCCCAAGACGAUGUCUCCCCGUACUUCAAGACGGAGCCGGUGCGGAGCCAGGUGCACCUGGAGGGGAACAGGCUGGUGCUCACCUGCAUGGCCGAGGGCAGCUGGCCCCUGGAGUUCAAGUGGCUGCACAACAGCCGGGAGCUCACCAAGUUCUCCCUGGAGUACCGGUACAUGAUCACCUCGCUGGACCGCACCCACGCCGGCUUCUACCGCUGCAUCGUCCGCAACCGCAUGGGAGCCCUGCUGCAGCGCCAGACUGAGGUGCAGGUGGCCUACAUGGGGAGCUUCGAGGACAGCGAGGCGCAGCAGAGCGUGUCCCACGGGGAGGCGGCCGUCAUCCGCGCGCCGCGCAUCGCCAGCUUCCCGCAGCCCCAGGUCACCUGGUUCCGCGACGGGAGGAAGAUCUCCCCCAGCAGCCGCAUAGCCAUCACGCUGGAGAACACCCUGGUCAUCCUGUCCACGGUGGCCCCGGACGCGGGGCGUUACUACGUGCAGGCGGUGAAUGACAAGAAUGGUGACAACAAGACCAGCCAGCCCAUCACCCUGACCGUGGCCAACGUGGGUGGCCCGGCUGAUCCCAUCGCACCCACCAUCAUUGUCCCACCCAGGAACACCAGCGUGGUGGCCGGGACCUCGGAGGUGACCAUGGAGUGUGUGGCCAAUGCCAGGCCGCUGAUCAAGCUGCACAUCAUCUGGAAGAAGGACGGGACGCCCGUGUCCAGCGGGAUCAGCGACUACAGCCGCCGGCUGACCAUCCUGCACCCCACUCUGAGCGACAGCGGCUUCUACGAGUGCGAGGCUGUGCUGCGCAGCAGCAGCGUCCCCGCCGUGACUGCCGGCGCCUACCUGUCUGUGCUGGAGCCCCCACAGUUCGUCAGGGAGCCGGAGAGGCACAUCACGGCCGAGAUGGAGAAGGUGGUGGCCAUCCCCUGCCAAGCCAAGGGUGUCCCCCCUCCCGAGAUGGCCUGGUACAAGGAUGCUGCCCUCCUGCACCUGGAGAAGCUGUCCCGCUUCCAGCUGCUGGAGGACGGCAGCCUGCAGAUCAGCGCGCUGGCCCCCGAUGACACCGGAAUGUUCCAGUGCUUCGCCCGCAACGCGGCCGGCGAGGUGCAGACCACCACGUACCUGGCCGUGACCAGCAUCGCCCCCAACAUCACGCGGGGUCCCCAGGACAGCACGGUGAUCGAUGGCAUGUCCGUCAUCCUCAACUGCGAGACCUCAGGGGCGCCGCGCCCGGCCAUCACCUGGCAGAAAGGGGAGCGGGUCCUGGCCAGCGGCUCGGUGCAGCUGCCGCGCUUCACCCUGCUGGAGUCGGGCAGUCUCCUGGUGAGCCCCGCGCACCUGCCCGACGCCGGCACCUACACCUGCCUGGCCACCAACUCCCGCGGCGUGGACGAGGCCUCCGCAGACCUGGUGGUGUGGGCAAGGACACGGAUCACGGACCCCCCACAGGACCAGAGCGUCAUCAAGGGCACCAAGGCUGUCAUGAGCUGCGGGGUCACCCAUGACCCCAGCGUGGACGUCAGGUACGUCUGGGAGAAGGACGGGGCACCGCUGGGCCCCGAGAGCGGCCCCCGCGUGCGCCUGGACGAGGUGGGCACCCUGCACAUCUCCCAGACCUGGUCUGGUGACAUCGGCACCUACACCUGCAAGGUGAUCUCGGCUGGGGGCAACGACUCUCGCAGCGCCCACCUCCGUGUCCGGCAGCUCCCCCACGCCCCCGAGAGCCCCGUGGCCGCCCUGAGCCCGCAGGAGAAACGGGCCAUCAACCUCACCUGGGCCAAGCCCUUCGACGGCAACAGCCCCCUGCUCCGCUACGUCGUGGAGGUCUCCGAGAACAACGCGCCCUGGACUGUGCUGCUGGCCAGCGUGGACCCUGAGGUGACAUCGGUGACAGUGCGGGGCUUGGUCCCCGCUCGCUCCUACCAGUUCCGCCUGUGUGCUGUGAAUGACGUGGGCAGGGGACAGUUCAGCAAGGACACGGAGAGGGUGUCUCUGCCCGAGGAGCCGCCCUCUGCACCCCCCCAGAACGUCAUCGCCAGCGGCCGCACCAACCAGUCCAUCAUGAUCCAGUGGCAGCCGCCCCCUGAGAGCCACCAGAACGGGGUCCUCAAGGGCUACAUCAUCCGGUACUGCCUGGCCGGGCUGCCCGUGGGCUACCAGUUCAAGAACAUCACCAACGCCGAGGUCAACAACCUCCUCCUGGAGGACCUCAUCAUCUGGACCAACUACGAGAUCGAGGUGGCCGCCUACAACAGCGCCGGCCUGGGGGUCUACAGCAUGAAGGUGACAGAGUGGACCCUGCAGGGAGUGCCCACGGUGCCUCCAGGGAAUGUGCAGGCUGAGGCCACCAACUCCACCACCAUCCGCUUCACCUGGAACCCGCCCAGCCCGCAGUUCAUCAACGGCAUCAACCAGGGCUACAAGCUCAUCGCGUGGGAGCCGGAGCACGAGGACGAGGCCACGGUGGUGACAGUGCGCCCCAACUUCCAGGACAGCGUCCACGUGGGCUAUGUGGCGGGGCUGCGCAAGUUCGCCGAGUACUUCACGUCGGUGCUGUGCUUCACCACGCCCGGGGACGGCCCGCGCAGCCCCCCGCAGCUGGUGCGCACCCACGAGGACGUGCCUGGCCCCGUGGGACACCUCAGCUUCAGUGACAUCCUGGACACAUCCCUGAAGGUCAGCUGGCAGGAGCCGCUGGAGAAGAACGGAAUCCUGACGGGCUACCGGAUCUCGUGGGAGGAGUACAACCGCACCAACACGCGGGUGACACAUUACCUGCCCAACGUCACCCUGGAGUACCGCGUCACCGGCCUCACCGCCCUCACCACCUACACCAUCGAGGUGGCCGCCAUGACCUCCAAGGGACAGGGACAGCUCUCCUCCUCCACCAUCUCCUCGGGGGUCCCCCCAGAGCUCCCCGGUGCCCCCACCAACCUGGGCAUCUCCAACAUCGGCCCCCGCUCCGUCACCAUCCAGUUCCGCCCGGGUUACGACGGCAAAACCUCCAUCUCCCGCUGGCAGGUGGAGGCACAGGUGGGCCAGAACGGCGAGGCUGGGCAGUGGGGGCUCGUGCACCAGCUGGCCAACGAGCCCGACACCCGCUCCAUGGAGGUGCCCAACCUGAAGCCCUACACCUACUACAGUUUCCGCAUGCGGCAGGUGAACAUCGUGGGCACCAGCCCCCCCAGCCUGCCCUCCCGGAGGAUCCAGACCCUCCAAGCCCCCCCGGACAUGGCCCCUGCCAAUGUCACCCUGAGGACGGCCAGCGAGACCAGCCUGUGGCUGCGCUGGAUGCCCCUCCUGGAGCAGGAGUACAACGGGAACCCCGACUCGGUGGGGUACAGGAUCCGGUACGCGCGGGCGGACGGGCGGGGGCAGCCGGCGCUGCAGGUGAUCCGUGACCGCGUGGAGCGGGAAUUCACCAUCGAGGACCUGGAGGAGUGGACCGAGUACCGGGUUCAGGUCCAGGCCUUCAACGCCAUCGGCUCCGGGCCCUGGAGCCCUGCGGUGCUGGGACGCACCCGGGAGUCAGUCCCCUCCUCUGGCCCCGGCAAUGUGUCAGCAGUGGCCACCUCCUCCAGCAGCCUGAUGGUCCGAUGGAGUGACAUUCCCGAGGCUGACUGCAACGGGCUCAUCCUGGGCUACAAGGUGCUGUACAAGGAGAAGGGCUCGGAGGCCCGUGCCCAGUUCUGGCUGGCGGAGGGCAAUGCCUCCCGCAGUGCCCAGCUCACCGGGCUGGCCAAGUACACCCUGUACGAGAUCCGGGUGCUGGCCUUCACCAGGAUCGGCGAUGGUGUCCCCAGCCGGCCUCCUGUCCUCGAGAGGACGCUGGAUGACGUGCCCGGGCCCCCCGUGGGGCUCCUCUUUCCCGAAGUGAGGACCACCCUGGUGCGGCUCAUCUGGCAGCCGCCGGCAGCUCCCAACGGCGUCAUCCUGGCCUACCAGGUCAGCCACCGCCUCAACACCUCGGCCGUGACCGCGGCCGCCGUGGAGGUGCUGGAAGCCAGCGCCCGGCAGUUCACGGCCACCGGCCUCCAGCCCGAGGCCACCUACCUGUUCCGUGUCACCGCGCAGACCCGCAAGGGCUGGGGCGAGGCGGCCGAAGCCCUGGUGGUCACCACCGAGAAGAGAGCCCGGCCGCAGCCCCCCGGGAAGCCGCUGGCGCAGCAGGAGGAGGUGCGGGCCCGGAGCGUGCUGCUGUCCUGGGAGCCGGGCAGCGACGGCCUCUCCCCCGUGCGCUACUACACCGUGCAGAGCCGGGAGCUGCCCGACGGCGAGUGGGCUCUGCACUCCGCCCCCGCCAGCCACAACGCCACCGCCUUCGUCGUGGACAGGCUGAAACCCUUCACCUCCUACAAGUUCCGUGUGAAGGCGACAAAUGACAUCGGGGACAGCGAGUACAGCGAGGAGUCGGAGUCGCUCACCACCCUGCAGGCGGCCCCUGAGGAGGCUCCCACCAUCCUCUCCAUCACUCCCCACACCACCACGUCGGUGCUCAUCCGCUGGCAGCCCCCGGCUGAGGACAAGAUCAACGGGAUCCUGCUGGGGUUCCGGCUGCGGUACCGGGAGCUGGUGUACGACAGCCUGCGGGGCUUUGCCCUGCGCCACCCCGGCGCCAGCUGGGCCGAGCUCACCCCCGUCUAUGCCGUGCACAACCUCAGCGAGGUGUCCCUCACCCAGUACGAGCUGGACAACCUGAGCAAGCACCGGCGCUACGAGAUCCGGAUGAGCGUCUACAACGCCGUGGGCGAGGGGCCCCCCAGCCCCCCCCAGGAGGUGUUCGUGGGGGAAGCGGUGCCCACCGGAGCGCCCCUGAACGUGGCCGUGCAGGCGGCCACCGCCACCCAGCUGGAUGUCACCUGGGAGCCGCCCCCCGUCGAGAGCCAGAACGGGGACAUUCAGGGCUACAAGAUCCACUUCUGGGAGGAGCAGCGGCAGAACGAGAGCGCGCGGGUCAAGACCCUUUUCCUGCCCGAGACCGGGGUGAAGCUGAAGAACCUGACGGGCUACACCUCGUACUGGGUCAGCGUGGCCGCCUUCAACGCGGCGGGGGACGGGCCCCGCAGCCCCCCGGUGCAGGCACGGACGCAGCAGGCAGCCCCCAGCGCCCCCGGCUCCAUCCGCUUCAGCGAGCUGACCACCACGUCCGUGAACGUGUCCUGGGAGCCGCCGCCGCUGCCCAACGGGGUCCUGGAGGGCUACAGGCUGGUCUACGAGCCCUGCACGCCUGUGGAUGGCGUGAGCAAGAUCGUUACGGUGGACGUGAAGGGGAGCAGCCCGCUGUGGAUGAAGGUCAAGGACCUGGCCGAGGGCGUCACGUACCGCUUCAGGAUCCGGGCCAAAACCUUCGCCUAUGGGCCGGACGUUGAGGCCAACAUCACCACGGGGCCCGGGGAAGGUGCCCCCGGUCCCCCCGGAGAGCCCUUCAUCUCCCGCUACGGCUCGGCCAUCACCAUCCACUGGUCCAGUGGGGACCCCGGCCAAGGGCCCAUCACCAGAUACGUCAUCGAGGCGCGGCCCUCAGAUGAGGGGCUCUGGGACAUCCUCAUCAAAGACAUCCCCAAGGAGGUGACCUCCUACACCUUCAGCAUGGACAUCCUCAAGCAGGGGGUCAGCUAUGACUUCCGUGUCAUUGCCGUGAACGACUACGGCUACGGGACCCCCAGCACGCCCUCCCCCUCCGUGUCAGCCCAGAAAACCAACCCGUUCUACGAGGAGUGGUGGUUCCUGGUGGUCAUUGCCCUGGUGGGGCUCAUCUUCAUCCUCCUCCUCGUUUUCGUGCUCAUCAUCCGCGGGCAGAGCAAGAAGUACUCCAAGAAGUCAGACUCGGGGAACAGCUCCAAGGCGGCUGGCCUGAGCCACGGGGAGAUGGUGAGCCUGGAUGAGGGCAGCUUCCCCGCCCUGGAGCUCAACAACCGCCGCCUCUCCGUCAAGAAUUCCUUCUGCCGGAAGAAUGGCAUCUACACCCGGUCCCCACCGCGGCCCAGCCCCGGCAGCCUGCACUACUCGGACGAGGACGUGACCAAAUACAACGACCUGAUCCCCGCCGAGAGCAGCAGCCUGACCGAGAAACCCUCCGAGGUCUCCGACUCCCAGGGCAGCGACAGCGAGUACGAGGUGGAGCCCGGGCACCAGAAGGCGCAUUCCUUUGUCAACCACUACAUCAGCGACCCCACCUACUACAACUCGUGGCGGCGGCAGCAGAAGGGCAUCUCCCGGGCAGGAGCCUACAGCUACACCGAGAGCGACUCUGGCGAGCCCGACCACACCCCCCUGUCCAACAGCACCUCCACGCAGCAGGGCAGCCUGUUCCGCCCCAAAGCCAGCAGGACUCCCACCCCCCAGACCCCUGGCAACGCCCCCAGCAGCCAGCCCGGGACCCUGUACCGCCCGCCCAGCAGCCUGGCCCCCGGCUCCAGAGCCCCCAUCGCUGGGUUUUCCUCUUUCGUUUGAUAUUUAAACAGAAGAGAAGCGACAGGAGAGGGGAGGGAAACGAAUAGGAAAUAAAAAAAAGAAAGAAAAAAAAAAAGAAGCAAAAGAAAAGCGUCAAGAAAUUAAGAGAAGAGGAAAAAGCAGUGACGAGGAGAAGAGGAGGAGGAAGGGGAGCAGCCCCGGGCUCCAGGGGUUUUUCUGCUUUCUCGGCAGCACUGCA